UAACACGUUCUUCCUUUUAAAUUAAAAUCUGUGUGAAAUAUUUAAAAAAUUAAUCAGAUAAGAUCGAUCGUGUUAAAACGAUCGAAAUUUAUGAUUAGAGAACAUAUCACGUGACGGUUAGUGAUCUAAACAUGAAGGGGAUUGGUUGGACGUUGAUGUGCCUUCUCCUACUGGCGUCAUUUUCAAAAAUAGUGAUAUCUGACGAACGAUCAGAUUUUUAUUAUGCGAUCGGCAAAGUCGAAGAAGGAAGAAGAAACGGAUUAACGGUAGUUUCAAAGAAUUCUUCGGUCGAUCAGGACGUGGAAUAUGUUAGACAAUUUUUCGACAAGAUACUCGAUGGAAACGUGACCAAAGGAAAAGGGGUCGAAAGUACAGGCCGUACUUUCGGCUUUAAAAGGAUACAAUUUAUGUUGAUGCCGAUCAUGUACAAAAUGGGAGCAAUGAUGACUCUUUUGACGGUGCUCACUGUGAUUUCCUUGAAGGGUCUUUUAAUCGGUAUUAUUCUGUUGAUACUGAAGUUAAGUAGCUUCCUUGCCAAGUUCUAUUCUUGGAAUCAACAACACGUACCACAUUCCUGGUCGCCUCAACCGAUCCACGUACAUGUUCACAACGAUCUUUCUUACGCUCACGGACAAGCUUAUCAUGGUUGGGAAACCGCGAGCGGGCCAGGAAAUGAUGAAAAUUAUUAUUACAAGGGAUAAAAAAUGGAAUGCACUGGAUUCGAUUACUUCUUCUUAUCGCUCGUAUUGAAUGAAAAUACGACGAUAAGAAAUGGAAUAAUAUCGAUGAUCUGUGAUUCAUUUAGUGCCUUUCGUAGUGCCUUCGUGAUUGAUUACUUGUUAAUUUAUGAAUUAUCUAGUUUUUUACUUACCGUAAAUGCUCUGAAUAUGUUCCGCUUGUAUUCGCUGAUCAAUUUUAGUGAUGUAAUAGUUGAGGAAAGAUUUACUUAGCUUUUAAAAAAUGUUCGUCCAUAGGAGAUCAUUCAUAAAGUUAACUAUAUUUUUUUAUUUAGUUAAAAGUAUCCUUAGCUAUAUAUUAUGGCUACCGUAUAGCUAACGAAAGUAAGCUAUACGCAAAGUUUCAUAAUUUAUUAUUCGUCCUAAUAGAGAGAAAGGAGAGAGAGAGAGAGAGAGAGAGAAAGAGAAAUACCAAAGGAAACUAUAAACAAGUAAGAGAACAAUAAUGACAUUUAUUUUUAAAAACCAAAUGAUAGAUACAGUGUUCCUUUCUUUUGAAAAAAAAAGAAAAUAUAUAUAUAUAUGUAUUUAUAUAAUAAUUCCCGUAAAAACGUGGAUAGGUCAAUUAAUUUUAUUUUUGAUACGACAUAAAAUUAAUACCGUAUAUAUAUUGUAUAUAUAUGUUGUUUUAUGUAGAUAUUAAAAAGAAAAAUAUCAAGAAUUUAACCAAAUGUUAGAACCAAAACUGUUAACUAAAUAUAUUGCAAUAAGUAAAAUACCUCAUGCUAAAGCAUUAGCAAUUAAUUUUGUUAUUACAACGAACGUAUUAAAUACGUGACAAUCUUUGAUUUAAAACUAUCAUAGGCAAUAAUUGUAAUAUUUCUUUUGUAAAAUAAUAAUUCUAUUUAUUAUCAGUAUAAAAACGUAAUCUAUGAGUGUAUUACGUUAAUUUUAAGAGAAAUUGAUCGAACAAAGUGUACAAUUUUUUUUUCGAUUUUAAGAUCAAGUAAUAUUUUCCUUUUCUUUCUUUUUUUUUUUGCUUCUUUUUCUUUCUCAAAGAUCCCACUGUUACGCAUUCUUCAUGAAACCGAUUGCGUUCUACUGCAAGCUAGACCUAGUUUCUUGACUUCCGUCUGGUAGCUAUGCGGGGAGAAAAUAAGAAAAAUAUUAGCUCUUCGCUCGGCAGACCAUGGAACAGUCCAGUCGAUGGUCAAACAGGAGUACGACGUCUCUGUUAUUUUUAUUGUUGUGAUGGUUUUAUAAACAUGAGAAAACCGCGAUAAUAUCUAUAUUUUCCAAACUUUUUCAUCAUUCCCUUCGAUCAACUACUUUCCUACUAAUAACUAAGGUAGGAUACAUUCCAAAUAUUUAUAAGAGAUUUUUAAAAAUAAUUAAUUUAAUAUACUCUAGUGUUACUUUGAAGUAGAUACUUAUAUAUAUAUAUCAUGUUUCAUUUAUAAAAGUUAUGA